AUGUCUUCGAUCGCAAAGGGUCGGCCCUCGCGCCGCGCAGCCGCGCGCCGGAGCUAUGUGGUCGAAGAGACCUCCGAAUCAGAGGACCCCGGCAACGUCACGCCCACGGUAUCGAUGCAAGACGACGACGAUGACGAUGAUGAUGAGAGCGAGGAAGAGCAAGAUUAUACCCCCGUCCCCAAUAAGUCGAAGCGCGCAUCUGGGAAACGGUUGACUCUAGAACCCGUCACACCUGCCACCGUGAAACCGGCGCAAAAGUCACGACGGUCCAGAGCGUCCAUCGCACCAGAAUCGGAGGAGUCGGAUGCCUCCCAGGCCGAAGAAACGGAUGAAAAUGACGAGAAUGAUGGGGAGGGACUCAGUAUCGCCUCCGUGGUGGCCGACCCCGAUUCUCCCUCAAAUCAGGCAGCAUUGAAGCGGAAGAGCAUCGAGCCUGCAGAGGCCGAUCCUGCUUCGCCUUUGAAUAAGGCGGCACUAAAAAGACAAAGUAUGACUCAACCCCUCAAGAGUCGUGGCUCGAUCCCACCCAAGUCGACAAAGGGCUCACUUCCCACUCCAGAGCCGUCCGCGUCGCCAGAGCCCACUCCAGCGCGCGCUCAUCGGGAAAGUGUGCCACCUCUGUCCGACAUCACCGAGUCCGCUGUGAACAACCCGUCUCCGUCGAAACAACCCGAAGAGCCGAAAUCCCAAAUCUCGAUCAUCAACCCGAACUCGACUAUCCUGGAGAAGCCAAUGGACAUCGUGAUGAAGUCGAGGAACAUGGCAAUCCCUGCGGCAGCGGAGGAACCUGCGGAAGCGAAGCCUCGCAUGAUCAUCCAAAAUUUGAUUCUGACAAACUUCAAGAGUUAUGCCGGCAGGCAGGUUGUCGGCCCGUUCCAUGCCUCUUUCUCCUCCGUGGUUGGUCCCAACGGUUCGGGAAAGUCCAAUGUUAUUGACUCGCUGCUAUUCGUAUUCGGUUUCCGUGCUAGCAAAAUGCGCCAAGGCAAGAUUUCUGCCCUGAUCCAUAAUUCGGCACAGUACCCCGACCUCUCUUUCUGUGAAGUCGAAGUCCAUUUCGAACAAGUCCUCGACCUCCCCGAAGGCAGCCACGAAGUCAUUCCAGAUUCCCACUUGGUUAUUUCCCGACGAGCCUUCAAGAACAACAGCAGCAAGUAUUAUAUGAACAAGAAGGAAACUAGCUUCACCGCCGUGACGACCUUCCUCAAGGAUCGCGGCAUUGAUCUCGAUCAUAAGCGGUUCCUGAUCUUGCAGGGUGAAGUCGAAUCGAUUGCGCAGAUGAAGGCCAAGGCCGCAAACGAGCACGACGAGGGUCUUCUUGAAUACCUGGAAGAUAUCAUUGGAACUUCUAAGUACAAGACCCCCAUCGACGAAGCUGCCACCGAAUUGGAAUCCUUGAACGACGUGUGUGUUGAGAAGAACAAUCGUGUUCAGCACGUCGAAAAGGAGAAGACUGCGCUUGUGGAUAAGAAGGACAAGGCUCUGGCUUACCUUCGCGAUGAGAAUGAACUCGCCGAGAAACAAUCAGCCCUUUAUCAAAUCUACAUCAACGAGUGUGCUGAUAACGUGCGUGUCACCGAGGAGGCCAUCCUUCAGAUGCAAGAGCUUUUGAACAUGGAGCUUGAAAAGCACGAGGGUAACGAGUCGGGUAUCAAGGAGCUCGAAAAGGCCUACAAGCGCGGUGUUCGUGAAUAUGAAGGCAUGGAGAAGGAGUCGCAAGCCCUGGUCAAAGAAAUGGCCAAGUAUGAUAAGGAAAAUGUCAAGUUUGAGGAGAAAAGGAAGUUCCUCCUUGGCAAGCACAAGAAGCUGGAGAAGACCAUGCAGACCAGCCGCCUUGCUGCGUCCGAGUGUCAAAGCCUAGUUGAGAAGUUCUCUGACGAUAUCGAGAAAAAGACCAAUGAAACGGCUCAACUCGAGAAAGAGAUGAAGGCUGAAGAGGAAGAGCUGGACUCGAUCCGCGAAAGCCUCAAGGGCAAGACCCAGGGCCUCUCCGAACAGAUUGCAGUGAAGCAGAAAUCUCUCGAGCCUUGGAAUGAGAAAAUUAAUCAGAAGCAAUCUGCCAUGGCUGUUGCUCAGAGCGAGCUCGACAUCCUGCACGAGAGAAGCAAUGCCGGUGCUGUCCUGUUGGAGGAAGCUCAAGCCAAGAUUGCGACCAUCGAGGAAACGAUUCAGACUAAGGAAAACGACCUCGAGGAACGACAGGCCCAGAAGGAGACCCUAGAGGCAGAGCUCGCGAAGCUCCAGAGCGACUUGAAAAAGUACGCUGCUCGUGAGCCAGAAGUUCGUGCCCACGUCUCCAGCGCUCGACAAAAGGCCGACGAGGCCCGGGUCAGCUUGGCGAGCACGCAGAACCGGGGCAGUGUCUUGACCGGUCUCAUGCGACUUAAGGAGUCUGGUCGUAUCGACGGAUUCCAUGGCCGCCUUGGUAACCUGGGAACUAUCGACGAAAAGUACGACGUUGCCAUUUCUACCGCGUGCCCUGCCCUUGACAACAUGGUGGUGGAGACCGUAGAGGUCGGUCAACAAUGUAUCGACUACCUGCGCAAGAACAACCUUGGACGUGCCAACUUCAUCCUUCUUGACCGCCUGCCUCGCCGUGACAUGUCGACCAUCUACACCCCUGAGAGUGUCCCCCGUCUCUUCGAUCUCGUCAAGCCCAAAGAUCCCAAGUUUGCACCUGCUUUCUACAGCGUAAUGCAGAACACGCUCGUGGCUAAGGACCUCGAGCAGGCGAAUCGCAUUGCCUAUGGUGCACGAAGAUGGCGAGUGGUGACUCUGGAUGGCCAGCUGAUUGAUGUUUCUGGUACGAUGAGUGGUGGUGGCAACCGCGUUGCACGAGGUGGCAUGUCCUCAAAGCAGGUUGCAGACACCACCAAGGAGCAAGUCGGACGCCUGGAAGCCGAUCUCGAGGAGUUGGAGCGGAAGUUCCAGAUCUUCCAGGAGAAGCAACGGAAUGUCGAAGCCAACAUGCGAGAGAAGACUGAAGAGAUCCCUCGGGUUGACACCAAAAUCCAGAAGAUCAUGAUUGAGAUCGACAGUGCCAAGCGCAGUCUCGCAGACGCCCAGCGACGAGUCAAAGAACUGCAAGUGGCGCACAAGCCCUCCAAGUCCGACGAAGCUCAGGUCGCCGCUCUUGAGAAGCAGAUUGAGGCUAUGAGCAACGAGAUUGAUGAGCUCAACAGCGAGAAGAGCGGCAUUGAAGAGGAAAUCCAAGAGUUGCAGAGCAAGAUCAUGGAAGUUGGUGGUGUCCGUCUCCGUGGACAGAAAGCCAAGGUGGACGGCUUGAAGGAGCAGAUCAACAUGCUCAACGAUGAGAUUUCCAAUGCGGAAGUCCAGAAAUCCAAGAACGAGAAGUUGAUCGCCAAGCACUCGCAAGCUCGCGACAACUCCGAGAAGGAGAUCGGCCAGAUCACUGACGAUCUGGAGAAGCUUGAGGAGGAUGUCGAGAACCAGGCCAGCGAUGCUUCUGGCUGGAGGCAAAAGGCCGACGAAGCCCAGGAGGCCCUCGAGACCAAGAAGGAUGAACUGAAGUCUCUCAAGGCAGAGCUUGACGAGAAGGUUGCUGAACUCAACGAGACUCGUGCUACUGAGAUCGAAAUGCGCAACAAGCUGGAGGAAAACCAGAAAGCCUUGGGCGAAAACCAAAAACGGAGCCGUUAUUGGGAGGAGAAGCUUUCCCGACUUUCCUUGCAGAAUAUUAGCGACCUGGGCGAGGAGCAGGAAUCGACGGAGCUCCAAACAUACACCAAGGACGAGCUGGAUGCAAUGAACAAGGAGUCUCUCAAGGCAGUUAUCGCCGCUCUGGAGGAGAAGGUUCAGAAUGCGUCCGUUGAUCUCUCAGUCAUUGAAGAGUACCGCCGCCGUGCUGCCGAGCACGAGUCUCGAUCUGCAGAUUUGGCUGAGGCGCUCUCGUCUCGCGAUGCCGCUAAAGCUCGCCUUGACGGCCUGCGCUCAGCCCGUCUGAACGGCUUCAUGGAAGGAUUCGGCAUCAUCUCUCUUCGUCUGAAGGAAAUGUACCAGAUGAUCACCAUGGGUGGUAAUGCCGAGCUCGAAUUGGUCGACUCUUUGGACCCCUUCUCUGAGGGUAUCUUGUUUUCAGUCAUGCCCCCGAAGAAGAGCUGGAAGAAUAUUGGCAAUCUCUCUGGUGGUGAGAAGACACUUUCCAGCUUGGCCCUUGUGUUUGCUCUGCAUCACUACAAGCCGACUCCGCUCUAUGUCAUGGACGAGAUUGAUGCUGCUCUGGAUUUCCGUAACGUCUCAAUUGUGGCGUCUUACAUCAAGGAGCGGACCAAGAAUGCACAGUUCAUUGUCAUUUCUCUAAGAAACAACAUGUUCGAACUUGCUUCUCGUCUCGUUGGUGUGUAUAAGGUCAACCACAUGACCAAGAGUGUAACGAUCGAGAACAGAGACUAUAUCGAGGGCCGGUAA